AUGACAACAAUUAGGGUCCUUUUGGUUGUUGCAGCUAUUCAGAACUGGACUUUGUUCAAACUAGAUGUCAAUACAGCUUUUCUUCAUGGGGACCUCAAUGAAGAAGUAUAUAUGAAGGGUCCUCCAGGUCUUGAUCUACCCAAACAGAAUCUUACCAAAGCUCAUUUGGAUGCCAAAUUCAACAUUAAAGAUCUAGGCACACUAAAUUCUUUCUUUGGAUUUGAAGUGGCUCGCAGAAUUAAUGGUAUUUCUAUCUGCCAAAGAAAAUAUGCCCUUGAUUUGAUCAAUGAUGCAGGAAUCCUUGGAGCUAAACCUUGUUCCACACCUAUGCAACAUCACUUGCAAUUGCACAAAACAUUUGGAACUCACAUAUCUGAACAUACUACAUACAAAAGGCUUAUAGGUCGUUUGCUUUACCUCACUCAUACUCGACCUGAAAUUGCUUAUGUUAUUUCAAUUGUUAUGCCUGUUAUUCUAUACUAUGACAAAAAUUCAGCAAUGCACAUUGCUGCUAAUCCUGUGUUGCACGAAAAGAUCAAACACAUUGAAAUCGAUUGUCAUGUGGUUCAUGAAAGGAUCUUGAAUGGAACUAUUCACCUUAUUCCAGACACCACUCAAGAACAAGUAGCUAACAUCUUCACUAAAUCACUACAUCCUGGUCCUUUCAAUCGUUUACUUUCCAAGCUUGGAUUGAUUGACAUUCACUACAGCUUGAUGGGGGCUUUGAAUGAUAGUACAUUACCUUUUGCUUCAAGCUCACAAUCAAAUUGGAUAAACCAUGGUGGAGAUUUGUUCAACAGAAGAUAUGCAAUCAAGGAGCACAAAAUCAAUCCAAAAACAGCUCAUAAAUUAAGUUUGAAAUGGAAAUUCUUUGCAGGCAAUGAUAUUACAGCAACACCAACAAUAUACAAAGGAAUAAUUUAUUUUCCAAGCUGGAAUGGUAACCUAUAUGCAAUAAAACAAAAUGAUGGCUCACUUGUGUGGAAAAAAAAUUUGGGAAUAUUGACAGGUUUAAAUGGAACUGGAUUGGUUAAUAAUGUAAACUGGACUGUGGCUAGAUCAACUCCAACCGUAGCUAAAGAUUUAUUGAUUGUUGGAAUUUUUGGGCCUGCUGUUAUUAUUGGUCUCAAAAGGAAUAAUGGUGAGCUUGUUUGGUUGACCAAGUUGGAGAAUCAUUCUAAAGCAGCUGUUACCAUGUCUGGAACUUAUUACAAUGGGAGUUAUUAUGUCGGAACAUCUUCACUAGAAGAAUUUGUAGCAAUUGAUAAGUGUUGCACAUUUCGUGGAAGCUUUGCCAAACUUGAUGCUAAAAUUGGCGCCAUCUUAUGGCAAACCUAUAUGUUGCCAGAUAACAAAGGAAAAAGAGAUGCAUAUGCAGGAGCUGCCAUUUGGGGAAGUAGUCCUUCCAUUGAUGUUUAUAGAAAACAUGUUUAUAUUGCCACUGGAAAUCUUUAUUCUGCUCCAAAAAACAUACUUGAAUGUCAAGAAAGACAAAAUAAUGAAACUACUCCUAUUGAACAAGACAAGUGUGUUGAACCUGAAAACCACUCCAAUUCAAUCUUAGCCCUUGAUUUUGAUUCGGGUAAUAUCAAAUGGUACAAACAAUUAGGAGGCUUUGACGUAUGGUUUUUGGCAUGUAACAAUGCUUCAACACCUAAUUGUCCUCCUCAAGGCGCUUCACCAGAUGCUGAUUUUGGAGAGGCACCAAUGAUGUUAACUCCUUACGUAAAUGGAAGAAAUAAAAAUAUUAUUGUUGUUGUCCAAAAAAGUGGAUUUGCAUGGGCAUUGGAUCGUGACAAUGGGUCACUUAUAUGGUUUAUGGAAGCAGGACCUGGUGGUGUGGUUGGAGGUGGAACAUGGGGAGCAUCAACUGAUGAUAAAAGAGUUUAUACAAACAUUGUAAAUUCAGAUAACAAAAACUUCACACUACUGCCAUCAAAUAUAAAUAUAACAACAGGAGGGUGGGUGGCAAUGGAUGCUAGAAAUGGAAAAGUUCUAUGGUCUACAGCUAACCCUAGCAAUAAUACUGCAAGUGGUCCUGUUAGUGUGGCAAAUGAUGUUGUUUUUGGUGGAUCUACAGAUAUAUUAGGACACCUAUAUGCAAUGAAUGCAAGAAAUGGUAAAAUUUUAUGGUCUUAUGAAACUGGAGGUAGUGUUUAUGGUGGCAUGUCAAUUAGCAACGGAUGUAUUUAUGUGGGUAGUGGAUAUAAUGUGUCUAUAGGAGUUAUUUUUAACUAUACUGGUGGAACCUCGCUCUUUGCUUUUUGUGUCUAA